AUGGAAAUGGUCAAAAAGCGGAGAAGUUUAAGCCUCCCCGAAGUUCGGAGAUUCAUGGUUCAACUCUGCGGUGCUGUUAAAUAUCUACACAAGCGCAAUGUUGCCCACCGAGAUUUGAAAAUGGGAAACUUGUUUCUGGACCGUAAUAUGGAUAUCAAAGUUGGAGACUUUGGCUUGGCCGCGAUCAUCCUGAGUGAAAAAGACGAAAAGCGACGGAAAACACUGUGUGGAACGCCAAAUUACAUUGCCCCAGAGGUGUUGGAUAAAAAUAAGGGCGGCCACACCCAGAAAGUAGAUAUUUGGUCAUUGGGAGUUAUCUUUUUUGCUAUGCUUACAGGCUUCCCACCGUUCCAAUCAAAAACACAGGAAGAAAUUUAUAAAAAGGUUAGAAAUCUGUCAUACACCUGGCCAAAGGACUCUGAGUGCGCAAACUACAUUCCCGCAGAAGCAAAGGACCUCCUCAGUGCCUGUUUGAGCUUGGAUGAGGACGAACGCCCAGAGCCCGAUCAAAUUGUGGACCAUGAUUUCUUUGAUAUGUAUCCUGGCUGUAUACCUUGUGAGCUCAAUCCCGAGUGUCGGUUUUCGAAACCAAACUGGAUCAGAAAUCAAGAUCCUCGCGGGGACAAACCUGAAAUCGGCCAUGGACUUGAAUACGGGCCCAGGUAUAUUUCAAAGGUAUCACACGUCAGCAACAUGGAAGAUCGGUACGCCAUUUGCAAGGACCUUUUUUACACUGAAUGUGGCGUCGGCAAGAAAGACACCGGUGUCAUGCGAAGACCUGUUGGUAAACGCUGCUCAAAAUCUGCGUUUGCCGAGUGUGCUGUGGAAGAAGAGCUGGGCAUGCAACCAGUCAUCCCUCUACCAAGGGAUCAGGUUUAUUGCUGUAUUCCAGAUGAUGCGGACUGGAGCCUACAGGAAUUACGCCCUGAGACUGAAACCAGACUAUCUCCAGUUGAGGACGAAGAUCCUAUUCGAAAUAUACCGUCAAAAGUGGAAGCUGCUACUUUAGCACGAUCGCAACUAGCAUUGGCUGCGCAGCUGAGGCGAAAGGAAGCGCAACCUAGAAGCCAUGCUGCGCUUUUGCGACAGCAAGCGUUACCACCACGCCAGCCAGCAAGAGAAAGUCGCAUCCGCAAUACCCAAAGUGGACUUCACCAACUCAAGAGCGAAGUGUACCGAGAAGGAGCCCCUACAGCAGCAGUAGUCCAGAAUUUAUUGAGCGAGCGGCCUAUUCGCGGCAAAGUAUCCGGGUAUAAUAGCUCUCUUCGCGAUCGUACAGUGCCCUCAAGUACUUUGUCUAAAUCUACGUCUGUACCGACUGGUUUGAUGGCUGGUAGAACUAGAGCUCAAUCAAGACAACACCUUGCAACUAUGGUGGAAGGAACGAUGUCUUUUGAUCCGAAAUCCAGUAUACGAUCUACAACUAUUGUAUCAGCCCAGACACAACAUGAGAGCCUGCCUGUUCGUGGAGUCGAGGACAAACCACGAAUUAAAAGUGAAGGAAAGCUACCUAAACUACAACCCAAGUUAUCUACCUCAAGCUACGAGAAUCUGGCCGAGAGGAGAUCCCGAAGUACAAGUGAUAACGUUACAAAGUCAAGUGCAUCAAGCGUCAGUACCAGAUCGAAAUCAACGUUUGGGCUGAGGCCCUUGAUCCGCCCUGAUGAGGACGCCGAAAUUAUGCCCGGAACAAGUAUCCGUGAAGUUAUGGGUGAUUUGAAAACCUACUUCUCUGAUCUUUGCCGUUCUCGUUCUCAGGCCACGGGGACGCUCACGAGAACACGCCGUCGGCAACAAAAGGUGGCACCCAGCAAACCGCAUUCAUACGUAAUGAAAUGGGUAGAUUACACUAACCGAUACGGCAUUGGCUACGUAUUGGAUGAUGGCAGUGUUGGUUGUGUAUUCAAAGCUGAUCGGGGCAGUUCAGCUAGUUGCGUUGUUGUCAGAGAUGGGGAAAGACAUAUACGACUCAGAGCUCGAGCCAAGGAGGGCUCAGCUGAAAAAACAUACUCAGAAGUGGAUCAGCUAGUUCCUAGAGAUGGGCGAGCAGUUGAGUUUUACGAGAAUAUUGAUAUUGACCCUCGUCGACGUAGUCAAGGGGGAGGAGUAAAGCGUGUGCUGGUUGAAGCCAAAGCUUUUGACACAAAUAAGCAUUCCGCUUGCGAAUUGGCGAGGAAAAUUCGCACAAACGAUACGGAAAAGAUAAAACGGGUGAAGCUAGUCGAUCAGUUUGGAAAAUAUAUGAUAGGAUCAUUGGGAAAAGAUGUUCAGGAACAGACCCCAGCGGAGAAUGAUCCAGAUGGUUCAAUAGGCCAGUAUGUGAGGUUCUAUCAACGGUUGGGAAAUGUUGGAAUUUGGGGAUUUGGGGAUGGAGCUUUUCAAUUCAAUUUCCCAGAUCACACUAAGCUGGUCAUAUCACUGCCCGAACGACAACCGGGCAGAUUGUCUGAUACCCCUAUUUGUUGCCAAAUAGAUUUUUUCCAUCUUGCACCAUCAGCAGCGCGAUACUUAAGGGCAAGGGGCAAAAUGCAUCCCAAUGGCUUUGACACUCGAGCAGUCAUUACUGACUCUGCAAGCAACUACUUCUCUUCACUGUUUGAUGAGCGGGAAGUCAACUCUACUACGGGAAAGUACAAGUUUUACGAAAUCCUUGAGGCCAAUUCGUUCCGUGAAAAAAUGGACUUUAUCAUCGAGGUCCUCGAGAGUUGGAUUACACACGGUAGGCUGGGAGGGAGAAUACUCUCCAGGUCCUCCUCGUCAUCGCCUCCAGCCUCCUCUUUUCAGACGUCCCUGUCGCAAACCCUUGCCACCGUAUCAACAUACCCGACGUCUUUGUCAGCGGGUAAUCUUGAUAUGUCACACAACUCUUCAGAUAUGUUCUGGUUCGGUCCUCAGGAAAAGUCGUGGGCAGCACCCGCGGGAGGAAAGUUUGUAUGGGUUACUGUUGGCGCCCAGGGUGGUGACAGCAAAUACAUGUCUUUAUCCCUCAAAAGCGAUGGAGAAAUUGAGUCCGUUGACGCAGAAGAUGUUGCGGAGUUAAAAGCUAGGUUGAAGGCGCUAAUAUUUUAG